AUGAAGUUGGCGUCCCUUGAUCAGCACCGAGGCUACGCUCAAGACCACUAUUCCGAGGUUAAGCAAGACCGCGAGACCGCGCCAAUGGAAGAAUCCGAGGCAUCCGGCCAUCAUGUUAUUCGAGAGCCAUUGUGGAAUAAAGGCCUCUCAUUUACUCCCGAGCAGCGUAUUGCAAAGAACCUCACUGGUCUCCUGCCCCACGCCAUGGAGAGCCUCGAGACUCAGUGUGCCAGGGCCAUGAAGAUGAUCCAGAGCCGCCAGACAAACGUAGACAAGUACCUAUAUCUGUCCACCGUUAAGGGGCAGAACGUGGAUCUCUUCUACCGCCUGCUCAUGGACAACAUCCGCGAGUUGAUGCCCCUUGUCUACACCCCCACCAUCGGUGACGUCUGUCUGCAAUACUCCACCCUCUACACCCGACCCGAAGCCCUGUACAUCUCGAUCAAGCAGCGAAAGUCCAUCCGGACCAUGCUUCGCAACUGGCCCGGCCCCGAGCCCGAGAUCUGCGUCGUCACCGAUGGAUCUCGAAUCUUGGGACUGGGCGACCUUGGCGUCAAUGGUGUUGGCAUUUCGAUCGGCAAACUGGCCCUGUAUACAGCAGCCGCCGGCAUUCACCCCGCCAAGACUCUGCCCAUCGUCUUGGAUACGGGCACCAACAAUGAGAGCAACCUCCGCGAUCCCUUCUACCUUGGCCUGCGCCAGAAGCGAGUCCCCAUCGAUGUUCAGCAGGACUUCAUGGACGAGUUCAUGGAUGCCGUCAAGGAUGUAUAUCCCAAUAUGGUCGUCCAAUUUGAGGACUUUGACAGUGAAAAGGCCUUCAACUAUCUGGACCGAUACAGGCACAAUUACAGAGCCUUCAAUGACGAUAUCCAGGGUACCGGUGCCGUCGUUCUUGCUGGAUAUAUCAACGCCGUCAACCUUUCGGGUGUCCCCUUGGCAGAGCAGCGACUCGUCUUCAUGGGCGCUGGCUCGGCGGGCGUGGGCGUCGCCAAGCAGCUCGUCGAGUAUUAUACCCGAAGAGGUUUGUCGGAGAAGGAGGCGCGUGACAAGUUCUACCUGGUCGACACCAAGGGUCUGGUCACGAUGGAUCGCGGUGACAGGCUUGCCGAGCACAAGAAGUAUUUUGCUCGGACUGACAACGCCGGCCACCAAUUCCGUACCCUAGAAGAAGUCAUUGAGUAUGUCAAGCCCAGCGCUCUUGUCGGUCUCGCUGCCACCUUUGGUAUCUUCACCGAGUCAAUCAUCCGAGCUCUCAAGGCCUCUGUGGAUGCUGGCGGUCUAGGACGCCGACCCAUCCUCUUCCCUCUCAGCAAUCCUCUCACCAAGGCCGAGUGUACUUUUGAGCAAGCCGUGCAGUGGACCGACGGGUCCGUCGUCUUUGCCUCGGGUUCUCCCUUCUCCUCUUUCACGCUCAAGAUAGGCGGUGAGGCGGGCGAUAUCACCUAUCACCCCAACCAGGGAAACAAUGUGUACGUCUUCCCUGGUCUGGGUCUGGGUGCCAUUCUCGCCAAGGCAACCCGCAUCACCGAUGAGAUGGUGUACACCUCUGCUGCGGCGCUUGCUGGCUCUCUCAAUGCCGAGGAAGUCCACAUGGGCUUGAUCUACCCCAAGAUCGACCGAGUGCGCGAUGCUAGCAUCACGGUCGCCCGUGAGGUGAUGAAGGCGGCGCGUCGUGACGGCGUAUCCGAGCUUCCGGAGUCCCUCUGGGUUGAGUGGGAAGAGUGGGGAGACGUUGCUUUGACAAACUACAUCAAGCGACGUGUAUACAAUCCCACUUCCUUCGAGGCCAGCGCCCGGCUGUAA